AUGGGCAACGCUCAGAGCCAAGAAGGCGAUUCUGCCGAUCUUGCGACACAAGCUGGUACAGAGGACCGUGAGUACGCUCUCUCAGUUGCGGAGGAUCGCGAAGUAAUUGAGCUGACCGUGCCUCUAGUGGAAUUUGACCUCUCCAAGAUAUCGGACGACCGCGAUGCUUCUGAACAACCCACAACUUCCCAUGUCGAACCCGAUCGCGGAGUCUCCGAUGCAUCACCGAACGAGGUACGCCGCACUGAUUCACCCAAGCCGCAGAAACGGGCGCGACGCAAAAAGCAGACCGCAGACAAGCAAGCAGGCCGCAAAAGAAGCGAGCGGAAAGCGAGGAGAUCGCCCAAUAACACGAGCAAUGAAGCCGCAAGCGAUGUACUGGUUCGCGAGUCGCAACCCGCUCCAGAGUCCUUAGAUCCCACCGAGGAAGAUCGGCCACUCAAGGAGACAGAACCUGAGACAUACCACAUCUACGCUACUUCCGACGAGAGCGAUGUGGAGGAUGGUGAUCAUCGAAUGACAGGGCGUGUAAUAAAUGGCUUUAAAGCGGUCAACGGCCUCGGUCAUCACGACCUCCCCGAAGUCCAAGAUGGAAGUGCUGAUGACAGCGGCAGCGACCAAGAGGAUGCGGCUCAGGCGUCAGCACAGACAUCAGACCCUGACUCGGCGGUCGAGGCUCUUAAUCUGCUGGCAUCGGUGGCAGUAACUGAGCCUUUAGCUACAGGACCUCCAACUGAAGGCACCACGAAGCUUCCCCCACCAAGCCAGACUAGCGAAGGGCGAUAUCUGUGUCCCUGGUUUGACUCUCAGGGUUGCACCCAGACCUUCGCGCAAAAGCAGGGAGCCAUCAGACAUGCGAAACUCCCGCACGCAACCACAACGGUAGAAACAUUUGCCCAGGCGCCCACUACUCAGACAACUACUGCUGCUCAGACUCAGGCUACCCAGAGCACGGAUCCUUCGCAAAACGCAGAGGUCCCUCCGCCAAAGGUCACCAGCGAAGGCCGGUAUACGUGUCCCUGGGUAGACGUGUACGAGUGUGACCUGACUUUCGCCCAGCGGAAAGGGGCCAUGAGGCAUGCAAAUAUUCACACGAAAAGGUUCACCUGCGCCGUCUGCAACAAGGCGAUGAGCCGCCAGGAUUCGUUGCUCACACAUAUGAAGCAGCAUAGUGCUCUGGAGAUCGCAGCGGCGACGAAUGCCGAUGGUGAAAUGACUCAGAAGGAGGACACACUUGGACAACAGUCUAAUGAGUUACCUGAAGAAGUUGACGAUGAGGCUGAGGAGCCGCAGCAAGACGUCUCAGACGAUGUCUCGGGGGAAUUCGCAACGCCGGAAGUGACACCACGCUCUGAUGAAGAUGCUCAGCGGAGCAGCGUUGAGAGCUUGCCGCAGGAUGUCCAGGAAGUUGGCGAUACCGUAAUGCAAGACGCCGAGAUCAUCGGAGAUGCAGCAAACGAAGUGUCCGACCGACAGUCGACUGAGCCGUCAAGUAUCUUCGAGGAAGAAGAGACUAGAGCGAAGCAGACGCCAAUCACCAUGGGCAAGUUGAAGCGCAAGCGAAUCGUGGAAGAUGCGCAGGGAGUCAGCCGACAGAGUCCCAAGAGGGCGAAGAGGCGCAAGAAGACAUCAUGGAGCACGCCACCCACUUCUAUUCCAUCCAUUGAACCGGCCAGACCGGAAACGCCCAAAGGUUCAGCUGUCGAAACAGCGGCCAGAAGCCGGCAAAUCACUGAUAAGAUCGUCCCGCGCCUGCAAAAUAGACAGGGCAGCAUGGACGACUGGGCGCAAAAGUUUACACCCGGUUCCAACCUCAAACAUCCAACUCUUAACCCUACACCUCCUCGUCCAAGGACGCAGCAAACCGAGGUCGUUAUUCCGCAUACUAGCCACGCUGGUCCUUCUGGAUUGAAGCAGAGGCGGACGCGGGCGCCCCCUUCGGACGAGGCAAUGGUUGUAGGUGAUGAGGACGUCGGAGCUGAUUCAUUCACCAAAUUCAGACACAAGAAGUCUCGGAAAACCAUGUACGCGACACCGAAGGGAAAGAAGCGUGCAGAGCCUGACGUGGAGUACUCGACACCAGCAAAAGAGGCCACGGUCAACGAAGGCGAGCGAUCCGAGGCUGACGUAUCGGACACUGACGGGAUGUCGCCUGUCGAUAUAGCUACAUCUGUCGCUAAAAGGACGUUUCCUGGACGAGACCAAGCUCCGACCGGAGAUGAUCACCAGGACUCGGAAUUCGAGGUGACCCGCGCUCCUGAAUCGGAUAACGAGUCGAUACAGACGGCAAGACCAGCCGCACUAGCGAAGAAAGCGAGAAAGAGCACGGGAACCAAGAAAACCGAGCGCCAGAACCCUGCAAAUACCGUCGAAUGCCUUCGGUGCCAUCGUGUUUUCGCGAGCCAGGACCAGCUCCGCAGACACCAGAAGAAACGAUCCGCGCACAUUGGGCUGGUCAAGUGUCACGACUGCUCUGAAGAGUUCUAUGCAACUGCGGCACUCAUCCGGCAUGAGAAAGAUGCUGGCCAUGGGAGAGGCAAUGGCUUGCAAGGACGGAUUGGCGCAUUCAGCCAAGAUGAGGUCAAUAAACUUAACAAAUGGAGAGAUACGUUCUGCGAGUACCACAAUAUCAGCCGGACAGAGUUCAACGAUAUGAUGACAGGCACGCUUGAGCGAGGCAAAGGGUCCAGUUGGAGCUGGGCUUUUGUCAAGAGAGCGGAGUUUCUCAAGGAGUACCUCGAUGUGCUGCCCGACAGGAACAAGCGGUCCAUGCUGCGCUAUCGCGAGCGGAAUUUCCAGAAUGUCGAGGGCAUGAAAAACUGGUCAGCGGAAGAUGAUAAGGAACUCAUUCGACUGCAGAAAGAGCUGGGCACGAAGUGGGUGGAGAUUGCUCGACGACUUGGCAGGAAUGCAGAUGCCGUGAGCCAACGCUGGCGCCAUAAACUGCAGUACGGUGAAGUCGAGACGGGCGAGUGGUCCAAAGCCGAGAGAGACAAAUUUGCCGAGAUACUAGGCGAAUUCGUCACUGAUGCAGAUGGGAACGAACUCGAACAAACGCAGAUUCCAUGGAACAAAGUCAGCGAGAAGAUGGGAUCGCGGUCUGCACAACAAUGCUCGAACCAUUACCGCGCUUUACAUGCGAAGAAGGAACACGGUAGAUGGGUCAGGGUCGACGCGUUAGAGAAGACACCUGGUUCAAGUCGGAUCUUGAAGACCAGUAAGAUGGCGCUACGGCUGAGUGGGGAGCUGAGGGGCCGAAGGACUCCCAAAAAGGGCCUCUCUGAAGAAUUCAUCCGAGAAGAUGACGAUGGAGAUGAUGAAGCUGAGCCGGCUGAGGAGGAUCCCGAAGACGAGCACGCACAGGACGACAGCUCAGAUGCGCAAGAAGCCGAAUCAGAGGCUGAAGACGAGGAGGAGGAGAAUUCACGCUCGGCGUCUGAAGAAUAUACCUCCCCAGCACCUGUGUCUCGCAAGCGCAAUCCACUUCCCACCAAAACUCCCAGCAAACCCAUGCGAUCCAGCCAGCUCUUCGAGCAGACACAGACAAAUACUUCCGCACUGAAGCCGUCUCAGACAAGUAGCAGGAGAAAAAGUGGUCAACCAAGUCAGGAUCGACAAUCUCCGAACAUCCCCAUCCAACGCCGACAUAUUAGCUCGAAACCACCUUUGGAAGAGAUCCGCACUUUAGACAACGGACAAUUAGAUGACGACGUGGAAGAUGAGUCUGAGGAUGGUGAUGAGGACGCCAGAAAGCGGAAGAGCUCUCAGGAGUUAGGUAUCGUCACUGACACCGAUGUGGACGAAGCCGGAAACGAGAGCGAAGCGGAGGGAGAUGAGGAGGUCCCCCAAGAGAGUCUUCCCGAAGACUCUGCUGAUGACCUUGAAAAUGAAGUGACUCGGACUGAGAGUGAUGAAGAAACUCCAGACGAAGACGCCGAGGCAAGCGACGACGAGCAAGCUGUCCCAUAUGAAAGUGACGGAGAGAGAGUCGCUAAGAGCGACAGCAAUGCAGGAGAUUUGGUCGACAACGGAGCUGAGGCAGAAGACACUGAGGGGUCCGCGGACACAGACGAAGAUGUGCAAGACAGCGACGACAGAGACGCACAAAGCGCAAGCGAGGACGAAAGUGUCCCUGAAUCGGAAGAAGAGGAUGAUUCUCAAGAAGACGUCCCAGCAGCGGAAGCAGAGCCGCCCGCAUCAAGCUUCAUGGCCAGCAUCAACGAGUCUGCCAAACGGGCGAAUAUCAAAAAGGUGCGCAGCAGCAGCCAGAACCACGGUCAGACCAUUCUGGGAUCUGCUACCCCGAGAAGGCAUAACAGGCGAGACAUAUGGCAGAGGGAGAGUGAUGAGGACAGUGACUGA